AUGCUAUCACUUUGGGCCGGUACUAUCAUCCUACUGAGUUACAUCCUCGUUAGAGGAUUAGUAUCACCUUUAUCCCAACUUCCAGGCCCGUGGUACACUCGUUUCACGAGUUUAUGGAUCAAAUAUCAAGAGUUUAGCUCCAACCGCCGAGAAUCGAUACAUCUGCUUCACCAGUUGUAUGGCCCUGUGGUUCGGCUAGGACCAAAUGAAGUGUCUUUUACAAGCCUCGGCGCAAUGAAGGAGAUUUACGCUUCUGGAGGAAGUGGUUAUGACAAAACAGAGCUCUAUAGCCUCUUUAAACAAUUCAAGACCAGAGCUAUGUUUUCUACACUCUUCAAAGACGAGCAUACUAAGAGGAAGCGCAUCUUUGCGGAGCGAUAUGCAAUGUCUAAUAUCAUGAAAGCCAAAUCAUUGGCUGUUAUCCAAGAGCGGGCUAUGGAAUUUGUAGCUAGGUGUGAUGGACCAAACAAGAAAAGUGUCGAUGUCUAUGUGCUCCUUCACUGCUACGCUCUUGAUUGUAUUACUCACUUCAUUUUUAGUCCGGGUGGACUCAAUUCUCUCGAUAAUACGAAGGACUUUGAGCUGAUGAAAGAACUUACUUACCACCAGAGCCUACACGAAAGUCUCUUAGCGUACUAUUUACCGCUAUUAGAGCCAUACUUUCCCAGCAGUUCCAACGCAUGCAGUACUCCUCAAGCAAACCAAUAUGCGUUGGAUAUGGUAAAUAAAUCAAACCUAGAUGACUUUACGCUCCUUGAGAAGCUCAAUCGAAAAGACACCGGCCUAGACUCUCUUCAAGCCGCUGCCGAGUGUAAGGAUCAUAUGGCUGCAGGAACUGGUACGACCGGCGAUGGUCUCUGUUUUAUGAUGUGGGAGCUGUCACAGCCUCAUAACUUGGAGUUUCAGCGCCGGCUUCACCAUGAGCUGAUAACUUCACCUACCGAUGUGUCUCUUGACAGUUUGGUCUAUCUUGAUGCGGUGAUCAAAGAAGCCCUGCGUUGCUCACCACCCAUAGCGAUGUCUUUACCACGCUACGUUCCAUUUGGAGGCCGGAUAAUUGAUAAGAUUUUUAUUCCAGCUCAUACCAUCGUUAGCUGCCAGCCUUAUACAGUUCAUCGAUUGCAUAAGGAUGUAUUCCCUGAUCCGGAUCGAUUCUAUCCUGAUAGAUGGCUAGAGGCUGAGGGUUCCAAAGAGCGAAAUAGACAUUUCUUUGCCUUUUCGAUUGGAGGUCGAGGAUGUAUGGGGAAGAAUCUCGCCUUGAUUGAAAUGAGGAUUCUUCUGCGUGAGGUUUACUCUCGAUUUGAGACUACUGUUGCUCCGGAUAUGCGUGGUUCUAUGAAGCUGGAUGAUCAAAUUAUUUCUGCUCGUCCGAAGGGCCAAGAGUGUAAGCUGGUGUUUAAGGUAGUCUAG